UGAGUGGUAUUCUCAUUUCCGACAAACUUGCAUGCUAACUCCUUUCAGACGCCACAAAAUCAUGCAAAAUGUAUUGUUGCUUUUGUGGGUAUAAAUUAGAAGACAGCUUUGUCUACUGCCCGUCAUGUGGGCGAAAAAAAAGUGAAACAAUUGGUGCCAACGCCGAGAUAGAUCGCUCAGCUUCUACUUCCAGUACUAAUAAUCAAUUCACGAGUGGGACGCCAUCAAUAGCAGCCACGUUCGCCGAUUUUAAAAAACGAAAAGAGAUUGAGAGGCAGUCCAGUUUUAAACCUAAUAAAAGAAAUCGACAGGCAGAAGGGACACGCAGCAAGUCAAAAGAUGAGGUCAUUAUCAACAUUGGUUUAAUGGAAUACGAGUAUGGUGAGGCGAAAGUACAACGUGGCAAAUCUUUUCCUGUGAAGUUGACCAAAGACAUGAGCUAUGACGAAGUAAGGGAAAGAUCAGUGAAGAAGUGGGAAGACUAUGACAGAAGCUUCAGCCAAGCCCGGGGUUACGUAUUGGUUUUUCCUGAUGGAAAAAUAGCUAAAAAGAUACCUGGCAGCUGUGAAGAGUUCACUUUGAGAAAAUACAAGGAAGGCCUUGCUAAAAGCUAUAGCUGAAUUACUCUGUAUCUUUGUCCAGCAACUGAAAAGAAAGAGACCAGUAUGCUACCUAUUACAAAUUGGUUAAGUGAUGAGGAAAAUGAGAUUCGUGCAAU